AACGCUAUAAAACAAAGAAGAUUUCGAUCAUCUUAGGAAUUGCUUUUGUAGUUUGCUCUUCACUCGAUAACCUUCAAACUCCUAAACACUCACUCUUCGUUGUAUCAAUGCAACGAAGAUCUUCCUUGGCUUCUUCGAUCGAUUCCUCCAUUUUACCAACCACGCUCUUUUAGGAUCCAUAGUUAAACAAUGUCUUCAUCGGAAAUUUACGAGGAAUCAUAUCUAGAAUGUUACUGUGGCGUGGCGGCAAAACUAAGAAUGUCUCAUACAGAAAAAGGUCCAUUCAGGUUAUUCUACAACUGUCCAAAGGAGAUAUCUCAACAAUGUGGUUUCUUUCAUUGGGCUGAUGAACGCGAACCAUCCAAUGACAGACACGCCAAUGAACUAGACUUGAUCAGAAAUGUGUGUAUUCGUCUAACAGAAAGGUUGGAUGAAAUCGUAGAGGAACAUGAGGAUGAGAAAGAAGAGUGGGAAAGGGAAAAGGCUGAGCUAACAUUGAAACUGUCAACUCUGCAAACUCAGCUUGAUGAUAUUCAUAAUAGAGUAAGGAUUACCAAUGAAUCGUUUUCAAUGCCUCCUUUUGAGUCACUUUCCAUUAGAGACGACGACGACGACAACACGUUAGUUAUAUAUACUUUGUAAAUAGUUCGAUGUAAAUUAUAUGGAGUGAAGUGUGAGAUCAUCUAAAACAAUUAGCUACCUAUUUUCGGUACGGGUUGAGUUUGACUUUUUUGUUUUUCUACGACCCCUCAAAAUGUUGUUGUUUGUAAGCUAAGAGUCUAAGACAGCAGGAGAUGAUAGGUUAUCGGCAGUCUCUACUCGAUAACUAUUUUGUAAAUUUUGUUUUAUUUUCUGAGAGUGAAUAAUGAGAACAUGAAGCUUCUAAAUGAAAUUGGCACCUUGAUUGGUUUUUUUUUCACCU